UAAUUUUACCUGGAUGUAAUUUUUACCUGUAAUGUAAUUUGUAUAGCUUCAUGUAAAGGUCAUAUCGUUGCAAACGGUUGGCGUCCUCUAGUGGUGAUUUAAAAAAAAAGUACAUCUCCUUGCCUGGCGGUGUGUGUUCUUCAUCAAAAUGGCACUUCAAAUAUUGUCCAGACUCUCAGAGUUAGUACCAGUGAGAGCGAAGUGUUAUACGACGACCUUCCGGCUGAACUCCAGCGGCGGGCUCAAGGUGGAACACGACCGACAGAAUCGGCGCUUCACCGUUUCUCCGAGAAGCGGGACAGGAGCCAAAGAGACAGCAACACUCCUCUACAAGUUCACAGCGCCAAACCAGGUGGAGCUCCUGUCCACCUUUGUCCCCGAGUCUUUCAGGGGUCAAGGUGUGGCCGCUCUGCUGUCAAAGGCUGCCAUUGACUUCCUGCUUGAGGAGAAGCUGAAGGCUCGAGUGUCCUGCUGGUACAUAAAGAAAUACAUUGAGGCAAACCCUCGUCAGGAUUACAAAGAUGUUGUCAUCAGCUGACACCAUGCUCAGGUUUAUCCUGGCUGAAGCCACCUCAGUCUACACACACAUUGUGCACAUUUGCUGUUCAUCAACACACACACACACACACACACGCACAGCACAGACAAUAUGCUGAAUAUUGCUGAAUAAUGACUGAUGGAUUUAAUUUGCACAAUCAAAUCAAGGUGUUGUAAGGACAUGUGUAAUACAGAAUAUGAGCAGAGAAACAUGUCAAGUGAGUUUUGUAUUUGUUGCCUUUUUGCAAUGCUUCUCUUUUUCUCACAAAAAAGUCUGUCAGUUUAAAAAGCAAUAAACUUAUGAAUUGAUGAUAAUCACAUUCAUGCUAAGCAUGCUUAUCUGCUUUUGGUAAACGCAAGUUGACGUCGUUAGUGGCCUCACAUGAAGAUGGAAUAUUUACACCUUUGCUCCAAUGCUUGGUUCAAAUGACAAAUGCGUCUUGUUGGAGGACGAGGAUUCUUUAAAGGGGACCUAUUAUGCUUUUACUCUUUUCUGACUUACAGUUUUUACAAUGUUGUAUUCUCAUGUUAAACGAUGCCAAUGCGUCAGAUAAUGAGGUUUGCUCGUUUGGAAGUGAGCCCUGAAAGCAGUUUUGGACGGCUCUGCGCGCUGUUUACAAAGUUUUUUUUUAAACACCAAGUUCCAUUGAUGUCAAUGCAACCUGGAAUUCCUUAUAUUGGUAUGACUGAUCUAGUGUAAUGUAUACUAUGUGCUGGAUAAAGAUGUCCAUGAGGCAGAUGUUUUUGAAUUUAGACUUUAUUUUAUUAGGGUAACAUUACGAAUCAAAAGAAGUACAUUUAAAGUCACCGUGUGUGGAAUUGUAGCAUUUGUUACAUGAUUCCUGUCAGCUGACGUGAAGUCCCUUCCUGAUUCGCUGUCGCCGCUGUGCGGCACAAUGAAAUCCCAGCCGGUGCAAACAAUCAUUGGCUCCUGAUGUGGUUGGCGGCUGACGACGAUGACUCAAGCGGUACAUUUAAAAUAAAAUAAAUACAAAUAAAAUAACUGCGGUAAAAUGCACACAACUUUCACAAUUGCCACCCAUUGUAUUUUAAGCCACUAUGUUGAGUAGGUUCUGUGGAAAAGUUACUUGCCAUGAACUCCGUUGCGGAAAUGUGCUUUCCCCCUGCCCCCUCAUUUUCUUGUUUGUUAAUUAAUUAUUGCGUGACUAAGUGGCUAGUGUUGUCAUUGGAUUAAGUUUUUGUUGUGUUACCUUGAUUUCGGCUGUAAUGUUUUCGAUAGUCUUUGUUAUUGAAUUUUGAGGAUGAAACACAUCCAAAAGUGGAUCCACUGUCAUGUUGUACCGCAUCCAUGGUUGUGUCCAUUUUGCAAGUUAAGUUAAUGGGGCCGCACGGUGGUCGAGUGGUUAGCAUGUUGGCCAACACAGAGAUCGGGAAGACCUGCGUUCGAUUCUCCUUUGGGCAUUUCUGUGUGGAGUUUGCAUGUUCUCCCCGUGUGCGCGUGGGUUUUCUCCGGGUACUCCGGCUUCCUCCCACAUUCCAAAACAACAUGCAUGUUAGGUUAAUUGGCGACUCUAAAUUGUCCAUAGGUAUGAAUGUGAGUGUGAAUGGUUGUUUGUCUAUAUGUGCCCUGCCAUUGGCUGGCGACCAGUCCAGGGUGUACCCCGCCUGUCGCCCAAAGUCAGCUGGGAUAGGCUCCAGCAUGCCCCCGCGACCCUAAUGAGGAGAAGCGGUAUAGAAAAUGGAUGGAUGGAGUUAAUGUAAUGUCUCAUUAAUGUAACUUUAGUGAUGCCUAGUGACCAGAGUUCUACAGUACAUAUGACUUGUCUUUCAAUAUUUGACUCAUAAUAGGCCAUAGACAACCAAAACCGACGAGAAUUAAAUUUUUGAAAAACCGCAAUGGAGUGAGGGAGCGUUGUUUGUACUGCGAUGCGAGGGAUGACUGUUGCAGACUACAGUGGUUCACAGCAGAUGUCCGCUUGAUGGCCGCCAUGGACGACUACUCCCCACUGUCUUUGUUCUGCUAAAAGACAAAUGUUAGUCAGCGUGAUGCUAACCUGCGUAUUUCUAAAACAUGCGUGUACAUUGCAACCGUCGCACCUUGGCCAUGUCGCGACUCCUGACUUUCAUCUUGUUCACCUGGGACUCUGCGAUGUCAGCUCGCUCCUCAGCCU